UAAGUACGUUAACGUGACUUUUACACCUGGUAGAGUAUGUGAACAGUUGUUUAUUCAAUUGGGACCGUUUAGGAAGUUGCCAUGCAAUUUCCCUCCACCAAAACCAAAAACCAAAUCGUACGUAAAUCACAUCUUGUCUCUGUCAGCGGCAGUUUCUCAGCAAUUACUUUAAGCUUUUAGUGCAGGCUUCAUUAUCUUAACUCGAUAUAUUAAACGACUGUUGCGUUUCCUGUAAUUGAAGCCAACUGAGUUAAGAUGACAACUGAUCGAGUUUCUAAGCCAUCCAAGUGCUUCUCAAACAAAGCGCUUAGGUUGAGUUUCCCUCGUCGCCGAUCAAAGUCUCGGUCAACUUCAAGUUCUCCCACCUCCUCUACAUCUCCAGGUGAAAGUAACACUAUAAAACCCUCAAGAGAUGAUGAGCUGAGAGAGGUUUUUCGUCAUUUCGAUGGCGAUGGUGAUGGGAAAAUAUCGGCUCUCGAACUUAGGAGUUACUUUGCAUCAAUUGGAGAGUACAUGUCGUACGAAGAGGCUCAAGGAGCAAUCAAUGAUCUUGACACAGACGGUGACAACUUCCUUGACUUUCAAGACUUUCUGCAGCUUAUGCAAGGAGAAGGCGAUGAAGAUCUAAAGAGGGCUUUUAAGAUGUUUGAGUUGGAGAAAAAAGGUUGCAUAACUCCAAAAGGGUUGCAAAAAAUGUUGAACCGCCUAGGAGAUUCAAAAUCUUACGAUGAGUGUGUUGCUAUGAUCCAAGUCUUUGAUAUCGAUCGCAAUGGAGUGCUUGAUUAUCAUGAGUUUUACCAGAUGAUGACUAAUUAGUAUUUUCCUGCCUGUAAAUAAAUCUCUAUGUACGGCUACAUUAUUUAGCCGUACACUAUGUCUUUCUUUUUUGUUCUUCCUUUACGGGUUGGAAAUUAUUAUCUAGUCUAAUUGAAUCUGUAAA